AUGCCUGAACUAUCUUCCAUCGUCCGUGGUGAUCCAAGUGAUGACGACGCUGCCUUGGUCACGUCCAUUGCAGAUCUUACACUAGGAGAACAAGAAUCUCUCUUCUCUGAAAGGACUACACCAGACGUCUUCUCAUUCUUCGUUCUGGCCAUCCAAUUUGAAAUACCUCACUAUGACCUCCCAGUAGGUCAAUUUGCCUCAGUCACAGGGGGUAAAGUACCUCAGUCAGUUUUCUUGGGUCAUGGAAUUUCGAGCAACGUAUCAGUGCUGCAAAUUGAGAAGGAUGUGUCACCAGAUUGUCCAGCCGAGUUGCGAAAACAUGAGAACAUCUGCAGGCUACUAUUUGUCGGCUGGGAUGGUAACAGCAUCGUUCCCGCACUUGGUCUGGAGCUAGCGACCUACAAUACCCUCGAGGAUUCCUUGCAGCAACUACGAUCAUACGGAACUAUUGAGAGAAAGACAAACCUGACAAUCGAUAUCGCCCUUGGUCUUCACAUCAUACAUUCCCUCGGUCUCACCCACGGCGAUGUCAAGCCGGGAAAUAUUAUUCUGUGCCAACAUCCUUCCCGUGGUAUAGUCGCAAAGAUAUCCGACUUCAGUGGUGUAGCCCCAGCCUCAACGUAUGCAUCAGCGAGGUUUACAACAGGAACACCAGUAUGGCAGUCGCCAGAGGUGGUUCUCGGCGAAAUGAACAUCGAUUGGCAGUUGGCGGACACAUACUCAUUCGGUAUAGUGAUUGCAACGAUAUGGUGUCCCUCGGGGUGGAUUCCACAGGGUGGAAGCUUCCUGGAAACCCGUAUUCGUUAUUGCAUGACCCCUGACGAUAAAGCCAAGGUGGUUCUGCUGCACAAACUAUAUCCUGAUGAUCACCCUGAAAGCCCUCUACGUCUUGCAAUGAACUCUGUAUCACUUCUGGGUGACGGUCUACCAUCGCUUCCGCUCGCUCUCUUGUUCACAUCUUCUCUUCCUUGCCAGCCGUCAUCGCGGCUGUCAAUCAUGGACCUUUUGCUCUUACUAAGGGAGCAAGGGAAUGGCAGAUUGUCUGGGUUAACAGACCUCCCUGAUACGGCGAUGUAUGAUCCCUCUUAUUGGGAAAAUCGGCCCAUACCGGGACUACUGGCCAUUCAGCCUUCAUACAUGUAUCGAUCUCGACCUUUCAAGGAAAAGAUGUUACAAACCCUUCUCGCAAUAGGCAAUGAUAUAAAGGCAAGAGUAAGUCCAAUUAUUGCACGCGAUGUCGACGAGAACUUCACAGGCAGUGAGGAGGCCCUGUAUGACUACGUGCGAGCCGAAGAAGGCCGUAGCCGGUCACAACUAUGGACACAGCCGGAACUUCAGAUGCUUGCUCCUAUAGCACUAAAUAUCGCGCUUUCAUACCUUCUCGGCUUGGGAACAGUUGUGGUUGAAUCGAUUGCUAUAGAGUGGCUCGCUCUAGCCGCUCAGUCUCACGAAGGCAAUGCCCAGUACUGGUUCUGUCCUCUGGAAGAAUCUACCGGAAGUCGUGUUCAAACAACUGUGCCGAGGAGACUCUGGAACACCCACGCUGUUCUUGCCGGCUACCGCUCAAACCUCUCAUGCUUACAAGCUUCCGAUCCUGAACUGGCGACUAUAGCUGGGAGUAUGGCUCAAAAGAUGGCUUGGGGCCGAUCAGAGCCACAGAUUAUUCGUAUCGAGCCAUACCUCGAGAGGAUCAUGAGUCCCAUUUAUGCUGAUCAAGCAGUUGUUGACCUUGAAGUAGAGGCUCGGUUUGGUAGCGAGAUGGUUGGAGAGCGGGCCCUUCACGUAGCCUCAGCGAUUGGACGGCUAGAUCUCGUAAAAUAUCUAGUGAUUGAGGCCAAAGCUGAUAUCAACGUCACCAAUUUUCGCAAUGAGACCCCGAUAUUUUAUGCCACGCGGGCCAACAACCCCGAGAUUGCCACCUUUCUCCUGGAUCAUGGAGCUCAAGUUGGCCAUAUCAGCACUGAGGGUCUCAGUAUAGCCCAUUGUCUUUCCAUGAUGGACGACCAUGAUGCGGCCGGUCUUCUCCCUCGCUACCUCGAUCGCGGAGCAAGCUUGGGUGAAGUAGCCCUCGAUACUUUGGCAGAACGAACUGACAGGAUGUCAUUGGGGGCGGGUAUACCUCUAAUGUGGGCGGUGUUCAAAAACCGACCAAUUCUUUUUGAAGAAAUACUCAAAUCGCAUUCCCGGCCUGAACUUCAGAUCAGUCCGGCAGACUACUGCGGUCUUCUUACUUUACUUUGUUCCCUGAACCACGACAAGAUGCUCAAACUAGCAGUACAACUCUACCCGUCUUCCGUGAACCAAUCACUAGGGGUUGCAGAUACUCCCAACACAUUACAGCUACAAACCCGCUUCCUUAUGGCAGGCACUAAUGCAGUAGAGAUGGAUCUUGUACUUGAGGAGCCGUUCCAAGGAAUGACGCCGGAAAAUUACACGCGGUUGCUCCUCAAAGCAAUGGACGCAGAUAAGCGGCUAUUGCUCGAUAGAAGAUAUCUGCAUCGAGCAAAUUUCAAGCAAGCGAAAGAACGGACUUGCUCAUUUCUUCUGGAACACGGAGCGGAUCCGAUACAAAGGACUCGACACGAUGAGCCUCAGUCUACGGCCCUGUCCCACGCUGUCUGUACUGGAGAUACCGAAGCUUUCAGGCUAUUCAUCACACAUCUUAAAGAGGGCGGAGUGGAGUUAUUACCGAUCUUGUCAAAUGCAGAGAGCUUUGGCGGGUAUAAUGCACUUCAACGAGCUAUCUACUCUGACUCACGCCAUAUUUUCCUGAUUCUCGUGGACGAAUACCCGGCACUUCUUGAGUUGAGAGGCUCGGCAAGUCGAGGGGCUCUUCAGUCAGCUGUUACACAAGAAUGGCCUGGAUACUGUGAAGAAUUGCUCAGGAGGGGAGCUAGUAUCUACGAUCGGGCCCGCGACAGAUCAACUCCUUUCACGUGGGCGCUGAUGCGAAAUCCUACCUUGAACGGGGCUAAAACAGUCAUGGAGAUGAUGGCUGUCGGUGCUGACAUGGAUCGACUGCUGGGGCCAGAUCAGGAGAACGGCUUUACAGCCUUUGCCAAGCUGGUGCAUGCUUUGACCGUAUACAAAAUGGACUUUGGGUUUGACCGCCUAGAGUACGUCGUGCAGAGAUAUGGCAAACCCGCAUUCAUCGCCAACUCACAAACUGGAAAUUCGCUCAUAACUCAUCUUUUGAUGACGAAACCACCAUUGUCCGACACCGGCGCCAUCUCGACCCAGACUGCGAUGUUAAGGUACAUCAUCCAGUUGUUCCCAGAAAAGGUCAACGCAGUAGAAAGCACCAUGAAUGGAACCGCUCUACAUCUUGCCAGCGGUCUUGGAAACAUAGCAUGUGUCGAGAUCCUCCUUGAAUCAGGCGCAGAUGUUGAUAUAGAAACUCUAAGUCCUCGUCGCGAACAUGGCAUCACGGCUUUGGGGCUUGCUGUACAUCGCAUGCAUGACCCGCCUCCACGGACAGUCAGGGAGCUAGGGGCACGGGAGACGGCCACUUUCCGAAAGAACACUGAGCUUAUCAUAGCUGCCCUAGUACAGAAGGGAGCAAAGACGGCAGGGAAAGGCGCCAGUAUGGCGCUGGUGCUCCGUGUGAAUAAUGCUUUGGAAAAGGGCCAUACUAGCAUCCACGUUUCCAUACUCGAUUCAUCAAGCUCAGAAGCGAGUGUCAUCGACGCAGACAACGAAUGGUCUAGACGACUGCCAUGGGAGGGCCAAGGACCAGCGCCAUACGAGACACGAGAUGAUGGCCAGACCAUGGUGGAACACGUUUACGAUGACGGCCUGCUCCAUGUCAUGCCCGAAAGCUCGUACAAUAGUCUUGAAUCCCUUCUUGGCGCCAUCAGUCCGGAAAUGAGGAGUAAGGGCUAUGUUGAGAUGAGAGAUCCAACACCGGAUCAAUAUGCAAGAGGCGUUGAGAUGAGUAUCGGGGUUCUGAAGACCAUUUGGCAUCAGGGGGGUAAUUUACCGUCCGGUUGGGAGAUAAGACAAGAUGAGCAAAGUGGGAGGAUCUAUUUUGUUGAUCACAAUCGUCGAGAAACAUCUUGGGAUCCGCCGGUUGUUGACUGA